CUGCACUUACAGUAAUACAGCCAUGUUUAUGUGCAAGAUAUGGAACUGCAGAUAAACAUUUCACUGUAACAGCUUUGUGGAAGUGGUAACAAUUUAAAAAUAAAACAGCACGUAGUAGAUUGUGUAUCAAGAGAAAACAUCUGGCCCUCAUUAAUUCGGCAUUUGGGUGGUUUGCAAGGCAAAUACAAAGAACUACAAAGUGAGUAAGCAAGUGAUGCCUUUAUGCCUUACCAGAUUUAUAUAAGGAUGAAAUAAUUCUACCAGGAAAUAAUGACUACAAGUAACAAUACUGAUUUGCCAUCGAAUGAAAGCUUGAUGCACCCCAAAGACCCAAUGGCAGCAGCAGUGACAAUGGCAGUGAUGUUGCUUAUUGUUUUCCUGUUUGGGACAACUAUAAAUGGUGUGGGUAUCUGGGUUUUAGCCUUCAAAAUGAAAAAGACUCUAAAUACCAAAUGGUAUCUGCAGUUACUUCUUACCUAUUUGUUUUUCACUUUUACAAUCCCAUUUUGGGCACUGCAAUUAAUUAUGGAUUCCCAAUGGUAUUUUGGGAGAAUCAUGUGUAAAUUGUUGAAUACUCUGCUCUCUGUCUGCAUGUUUGCCUCUGUAUUCUUCUUGAUGGCUAUUGCUGUAGACCGAUGUUUACUGGUUGUACAACCAGUUUGGUGCAAAAACUAUAGAACAACUAAACUAUGCACCCUGAUUAGUAUCACUAUAUGGAUUUUAGCCUUGAUUGCUAGCUCACCUUAUCUUGUUUUUCGAGAUAUAUUUCAAGAUGAAAACAAAACAAUUUGUGCCAACAACUAUGCUGUCUCUAAUGACUGGGACAGUGCCGAUGGCCAGAAUUCCAGAAUAAGGAUUCAUAUGACAAUGUUUAUAACCAGGCUGCUAUUUAGUUUCAUUAUUCCAUUUUCUGUUAUUGCACUUUCAUAUAUUAUCAUCACCUUUAAAAUAAAACAAAAGAACUUCUUGAAGUCAAGGAAGUCAUUUCAUGUAUUUGCUACUGCUGUGCUAUCGUUCUUUUUCUGCUGGCUUCCUUACCAUGUUUAUAGUUACUUGAUCAUAUAUCACAAAACUGUUCCAAAGAGAGUGCUUAUUAUUAUGAGAGUUCUAACACUUACUUUUGUCUGCACUAAUUGCUGCAUUACUCCUGUACUGUAUGUGACUAUAGGAGAAAAGUUCAAAGCCUUAUUUAAAAAGUCUAUUUUCUCCUUAUUUGAAAAUGCCUUUCAUGAAGAUACUGCUUGUACAGUGUCUAGCAAUGACAACAAAUCAGACAUCCCCAGUUCUUGUGAUAAGGCAAGGCAACAAGAACAGCAGCAAACCAAAUGUGUAUGCCAAUUGUUACCAACAAAUACCUAGGAAAAGAAUGCAUUUGAAUGCUGAAUGGAACUAACAGACUUGAUAACAAAAGGAGACAAAUGACCCUCUCAGUAACUUUGGGUGUGCAGCCAACCCCUAUGCAGCUGAUACCUUCCUACUAUGGUCAAUAUUUCACCUAUUCCACUUAUCCAGCCAUGUCUUUCCAUCAGUUUACCACAGGGGAUUAAGGCUAAGAGACAUUAAUAAGCUUCACAUUAUAGUUCAGAGCUUCUUUCCCUCAGUCUCCAUUUUUCUGCAGUUUAGCAUUAAGCAAGUCACAUAACCAGGCACUGUUCCUAGGCUGCCGUUAAAAAGAGGUAUUUGUGUCUAGUGGGUUUACCCAGUUGACAACUAAAAAAAUCAUACCCCUCAAAUUCUGUAGCUUUUUCCUUAUCAUUUGUCUUAUCUGGUAUUGAAUUCCAGGCAUUUCAGGGAUCUGCUGCUCCUUUGAUGAAAAAGUACAAGCAAUUAUGUCCUUUGAUAAGUAAGAGAUAAAUAACAACAUGAUUUGGUGCACUAAAACAUCUACAAAGCAAGUAUCAACAAUGCAAGUAAACACAUCCAAAUACACAGCUUGCUCAGAAUAGUAAUUUUGUCCCUCCACUGCUAAUGAAGAAAAAUAGUUAAUACAGCAUUUUGAAAGGGGAAAAUGAAUUAUCAACAUCCCCAAAUUAGGGAACUAUAACAAUAACAAAAUAUUUACAAAUAAUCAUCCAUUUCCAUCAAUGUGCACAACAUAGUUUGAGAAAAAAAAACAAACACGCAACUUCCAUGCAUACAGAAAAAGACAAUCUUUGAGAGUAGUCUGCCUGUCUAAAGAGGAAGAGCUAAACUCAAAAAGGUAGAUGACCCCUCCAGUGGAUAUCCAGUUGCAGCAGACACUUUAGUCAUGUGACAGCUGUAAUAGCAGCACUACCAGCGUACCAGCCCUUUACCAUAUACACCAGGACAUGGAC